GAUUUGCAAAACUUACUAGUUAAAAUAAAAAAGAAAACAAAAUCCAAGUGUCCGAAUAUAUAAUAAAAAAAUACAGGCCCCCUGAAGAUUAUUUAAUUUUACUUACAUUAAUCGACAAUAAACAGUUGCGUAUGUAAGGAAAAAAGCGAAACGGGUGACAGUCUUGCGAAAAUUGUUGUGGAAAUAAUUUUAAAAUUAAUUGAAAAUGAUAGAUUUAAAAGGGGUCCGUCUACUUUUCCAGUAAACUCUUUCGAGUAAGGAUAUACAAGAAAGACAGGAAUGUAGCUUUGGGCCAAUUUGGCUAUUUGAUUGAUCGGCUUGGUACAAGAGGAAACAGCUUCACCUGCAGAGCACCGGUGACUGCGACCAUCGACAUAAAUUACUUGCGACUAACGGUAAAGGCGACGAUUCUCGUAAAUGGCACCGUGGAAUCUAAUUCUGUGCUCUCUCGCAUUGCUCACAAAUAAGUCACUCGGCCUGUCGGUAUCUCAUCGCACGUAUUCAAGUCGUAUGGCAGCGUCGUUAGCAGGCCAGAUUAAAAAUGGGUCACAACCUUCGUCGGUGUUAGUGAUAGGAGAAGAAGCGGACGUUUUAACACCCGGUCAAAUGGUUUUUGGGGCUAUACCAGAGCAAGAUCGAGGAAAUUUCCUCCUAUAUCAAAUAGCGAUGGGUCUAUUCCGGAUGCCAGAACUUGCCACUAAGGAGAACAUGGUACGAAGUUUGGGGGACUGGAUUGAUUAUUUUGAAGAACGUCAUCCAGCUUUUAAGGACGUGCCUACUUACCAGGGCUUUGCUGGCGAUUUAUUGCACUGGUUAAUGGAGAAGUUUCAGUUAACACCUGAGGACGUUCACAAUCAACUGCGAGGACGAACGCCGCUCAUGUGCACGUCAGCGGGUGUCUGUUACAGUCCCAAUGACGUCGUGUGCUUUUGUUGUCCGUUUUGAGUUGCCCUGCACGGAAAAUCAAUGGCAAAGUGGGAACCAACAAUAAAACAUUGUCUUGGAGGAAUAAAUUUUGGAA